AUGCCUCGCCCUGCUCCCAAGCGAAACCGAUUGACAAAAGGCAACAAGGUUGCUAAAUCCAAAUCCACCGAACAACCCGACCAGACCGACUCCAAUGCCGCCAAAUCACCACCACAGAGCGCGUCCGAGGACCCUCGACGCACACUUCGAAGCCAGACACCCCUGACCCAGCGCAAUGAGCAUGCGAUCGAGUCCUCGCCUACUGGAGAACGGCCAGGCACUGGGAGCUGUCCUGGAACUGGUAGUCGACCUCCUACGCGAUCUCGUGGUUACUCGUCAACACUAUCCUUUGCGGGGCGCAAAGGCGACACGAGCUCGCGCAUUCCUGAUACACCUGGUUUCGAGAACUCCGUUCUCAGAAACUUCCGGCGUCGCCCACGACAGCAGAGUAUUUUGCAAAUGAUGCAAGCAGAGGAUGACACACUAGAGUUGGACGACGAGGAUUUCUUGGGCGGGCUCAGUCCCGAGGAUGAAUCGACACCAUUACACCUUUCUCGAGGAAAAUCGCUUCUGAUACGACAAGAUGAUCAGUCGCAAUCGCCUUCAGAAUCUCUACCUUCAUCAGGCGGGUCGCGCAAGCGCAAGCGCUCUGAUCAAAUCCAAGUCCCCCAGUCGCUUUCCGUGGUGAUCACGAAUACCGUCGUGGAAACCAUCGAGGAUACCCCUCAUCCUACACCUGAUAUUCGCGAACCGACUCCCGAUGUGCCCGAUGAAACCCCUCGACCCCUACGAUUUGCCGAGAUCUUGAGCCAAACGAUGCUUCCUCCCGACAGCAGUCCUAUGAGCUCUAUCGCCACGGGUCCUGGAUCUCCAGGCAUAAUUCCCCAGCGCGGCCUCGCAGGCAAAAGAUUCAGAGACCCAGCUCAUAUGUCUACCGCUGUAUUACAAGAAAGACUGCUCCCAAGGCGACGACAGCGCCCGCGCAGAGGCCGGCCUGUGGAUCAGUUUGAUCUCCCCAGUGAUGAGAGUGACGAUGGCAUGCAGAAUGCGGCGUCUGGCGAUGAGGAUGAGCUGGGCUACCUACCUGUUCGACGAUCCAGGCGGAGCGGGACGAGCAAACCUGAACCUUUGGGCAAUGCUCGAGACAAGUCCAAACUUAACAAUCAAAAACAAAGAAAAACUCGGUCCAAGUCUGCCCCAGCUGCGAAAUCAACGGUCGUGCAAAAAUCAACAAGACGCUCGCGGUCGCGCAGGAGUGGAGAUAUCGACAAGGAGAAUGAGCAAUACUUGUCAACACCAUCCUCACCUCUAUCCUCUCCGCCCGAUUCAGAAGCAUCCGAGUCCGAAGCAGAAGUCCAACCGCGUCGCAUCAUGAGCGAAGAAUUGCGCGCUGCAGCGGCCAAGUUUGCCGAGGUCGAUAAAUGGGAAAUGGAGUUUGAAGAUGUUUCAGCGUCGGAAGUAUAA